CGCCGCCGCCUUGGCCUGGACCCGAGCUCGGCCGCGGGCCCGGGCCUACCCGCUGGGCGGCUGGAGGCUACCCGACAUGGCGGGGGAGCAGGAGAAGGAGCCGGCGGGGCCGGUGCACAAGCGGAAGACAGGUGCCAAUGGUGGUGGGACACAACUGAAGAGUCCAGAAAAGAAGAAGCGGAAAUCCAGUGCACAGGCGGCUCAGUUCUCGCAUCUUUCCGAGUUUGCUCCUCCGCCCACCCCGAUGGUCGACCACCUAGUGGCCUCAAACCCUUUUGAUGAUGACUUCACUCCCCCAAAAGGGGCAGCCCCGUCCAGCCCAUUCUUCAGCAAUCCAGGGGCCUUUGGAGGGUUUCGGCCGCAGUCUUCCAUCCCGCCGCACCUUCACCCGGCUUUCAACCCCGGACCUCAGCCCAUGAGGCGCCAGCCGCCCCAUCACUUUGCUCCAAAUCAGCUAGGCGGAGGUUUUGGUAUGCCCCAGAAUCCGAACUUUGCUCAGCCCGGUGGCAUGAACUUUGGCAACCCACCCUUCAACCAGGGUAUCAACCAGACUUUCAGCCCCCCUCCUGGCCAGCCUCUUCACCCAGGACCUCCUGGCAUCGGUCCAAGUGGCAACUUCAGCUCCAUGAUGCCCCCGAGUAUGGGCCAGCCACCCAGGGGUGACAUGACCCCGGGUGCCGGCCCGGGGAUGAAUCCAGCCGCCGCACCCCCCAUGGGACAGAAGUUCGUCCAGAUGCCCAACCCCUUCAACCCGAAUCCAGCACCCCGGCCCAACCAAAGCUUCUCCAAAGGGACCAGUCAGCACAGCCUCCUGCCGAACCCCAGCUCCUUCCCUAGUCCAGACCGGAACUUCCCCCUGCCCGAGGAUGGUGGCAAGCCUUUCAACCGUCCCGCCAAUGCUUUCAACCAGGGGAGCGAGCACUCCGGCUCACCGGCAGCAAUCAAUGGCAACCAGGCGGGCUUCAACCAAAACACCGGUGGCCAGAACAGCGGUGCACCGGAUGGCAGUAACUUCCUAGUGGCAACCAGCAAGAAUCCAUCCACUCACCGGCCAUCAUCUGAUCCGGUGUACCCCUGCGGCUUCUGCAUGAAUGAAGUGAAUGACGACCAGGACGCCAUCCUGUGUGAGGCCUCCUGCCAGAAGUGGUUCCACCGAGAGUGCACUGGCAUGACAGAGACAGCGUAUGGUCUGCUCACCACGGAGACUUCAGCUGUGUGGGCCUGUGACUUUUGCCUAAAGAGCAAGGAGAUCCAGUCGGUGUGCUUGCGGGAGAACCUGGGCCAGCCAGUUGUAAGUGAUGGCUGAGGGGCAUUUGUGAGAUGGGGUGAGCCUGUCUUCCAUUGCUGACUCUUGACUGGAAACCUCAGCCCUGUCUGGGCAAGGAAGGGGAUGUCAAUAGGGUUACGAUACACUUGCCUUUUUGUUACGACAGAUGGGGGAAAAAAGUAGGCUCCUCUCCCAGUGAGAGUGGGCCCCACCAUUUUCGGGUUGUAAACUUUAAAAUGCACAUGGGAGUGUCCUUCAUUCUGUGUGUCUGGUUAGGGAUUUUAUGUGUAUUUGUGUGGUUGGGUGGGGGUGGGCCGGGAAGAAAUGGUCCUUUUGUCCCGAGGAGAAGUGUGGAAAGAGUUCCCCCCCCCCAACCCCCACCCCAUGCACAAGACAAGACUUGGAAUGCUGGAAUGAGAAUGGAGGGGUUGUGGGGGCGCAGUCCCUGGGGUUUGGCAGGGGGAGAUGGGAAGUUGCUCUGGAAGUAUCUAUGUGAAUAAAGCAUGAUGCAGUGGACGGGGGAGGGGGUGGAGGAGAUAGAUACAUAUUUAAAGGUACACUGUUGCAAGUUGAUCACUAUAUAUUAAUGGGCUGUGAUAUGAAAAGGUAGAGGUGAAUAAGGCAGGCAAGUAAAUCACUCAUUGUACUGGGUCUGUUGGGAUCGAAGGACUUGUUGCACUGCCUCCCUCCACCCCCACCAUCCCAAGACCACUUUAAAAGAAUAAUGGCUCAGACGUUGUCCAAGUUAAAUCAUAGGCAUCAAUUAACUCUGAAUACCCUGUGCAGAGUUCGCCCUCAGCUGAUGUCACAGAACCUUUGGGGUAUGCAGGAGCUUCCCCUCCCUGCUCUCUCCCCCUCCAGCUCGCUGGCUCCCAAUAGCCCUUGUGGUCAGUCUUAUGGGAAUAUAAAUGGCUUCACAGGAACCGGCCCUGUUUAAAAGUUUGUAUUUUUGAAUUCCGUAAGCUGUGGACUGCCUGACGAGUAGAUGUUGGGUUUUGCUGGCUGCUCCUCUGAGCAGUAAUGAUACUUGCCCAUUAUUUCCCCUCUAGCCCUCUUUUCCCCUUGGGCAGUACUCUUUUUGUUGUAGUGGGGGGAGGGGUCAAAUAACAACGUUUCAAGCACUGGCUCACACCUUCUACCUGACACAGGCUAGCAGAGACAAUCCUGCAACUCCUACCUUCCUCUGUGAAGGGUGCCAGGGACAGCAACCAACCCUUUCCAUUAGGAUUGGAGCAUGAACGCUUGAGUUGAAACCAUGAGGUCCCCCCUGUUAGCAAAGGGAAAAACAGCUACCUGAAUCUGCUGUGCCACCAAGCCCAGGAUAAGAUUAGAGGCAGUGACCAUGAUACCAGAGGUGUAGCUCCCAAAAACGGGGCAUAUGGCUGCUGAGGAGGAUUGCUGCUUCAUUUGCCUACGAUUUUUCAUCAUUGGAAAUGAGCAGCGUAUUGAAAAUUGAGGGGACAAGGAACUAUGGAUGUGGGAGCUACUGGGCCAUUCCAGCACUGAUUGGUCCUUUCAGUUCCCUUGCCACCAAUUCCUGCUUGCACAGUCACAGCCUGUGACAUCUGUGUAAGGCCUGUAGCACAAGGCUGUCGGAGGGUAGUAUUUGAAAGUUCUGAGAGAGCUGGGGCGUAUGUGGGGUGCACGGGGCUAAGAAAUGACGCAGUUAUUUUUAUAAAUAGAAGAUGGCUUCAAAUUAAUCCAGAAACCAAAGGUUCUGCAUUUAAACCAGUUUCAUGUGUUUGCACUCUCUUCGCUAUCACCAGUGUUUCCUUGCAGUCUUGAGUGGGUUAGGAGUCCAGUUUUUCGCCGGGAGAUGUAAUCCCUUUUAACCUGCCCUUAAGGUGCAGUGGCUCGUGUGAUGAACUGGCCUGUGAAUUCAGCUGUGCCAUAUUUUUCAUUUUUUGACAUUGGUGAACUUGGCAUCUCUCAAGACUACCUCAUUGUAAUUGGGAAAAAAUCUUGUGUUUUUAAAUGCACACAGUUUUUUUUAUAUAAAGGUCUCUUUUGGUACAGAAUUCAUUUUGAUGCCGCUCAAUUCUGAUCCUCAUUAAGCAAACUACAGUAUAUAUAAUAGUGUGUAUGUUAUCGUAUGAUUAAUGUACUGGAUAUAUAUCAAGUUGUGGUAUUGUAAUCCUUCUUAAUUUCUUCCCUCCAGUGACUCAUGGAAAGCUAACUGUCAGUACCUGGCGUGGGUCUCCUGUAACCCUGCACUUGCAGUUAGUUGGGCGAGGUGUUGUACCUACAGAAGCCCCCUGAAACAGCAUGUGGGGCUCUGUCUUCAGUUUGGAAAAGUUUCUUGGUCUAAACUCCACUGAUUGUACUGAAUAUUACAGUUUUAAGUAUUUUGCCUGUAUCUGUUUGUGUGUGUUGCGCUAGUGGGUGUUAUUUUCCUUUGCUAUAUUUCCACUUCCCUUCCACUCCCAACUGGAAUGUGCUUAUACUGUUUCCAGGGAGUAACAGUGUCCCCAGUUAGUAGUUAGAAUUAAAGGUACUGACCAUAGCCCUUCCAACCUUCUGCUCUUCACAAUUCAAAUGAAAGAAAGCAGUAAGGAACAAGAUACAGCCAAGGACAGUUGCACGUUCAGUCUGGGGCAGUCAUUUACGUGAGGUUAUGAACAAAUACUAACCCUUCCCACACUGCUCGUUAGGAUGCACCAAACUGCUGGUGUCCCUGGAUAAUGGUGCUGAACAUCAGAUGGAGCAAUUAAGGGUCUUGCUGUAAUGUCUGGCUUUUCCUAAUGUGUAUCUGUUCCUUAUGAAAGAAGCCAGCGUCUUGUUACUAAAUAGGGCUGGAACUUUGGCAUGCCUUCAUGUGACUGUUUACCAGUUAUGAGCAGUGUCUCCCAACGGAAGCGGUUCAGAUAUCCAGGUGACAGCUAAUGUGAAUCUUUAAUCUACCCUGGAAAAUUGAGACUGUCUGGUGAUAGAAACUGCUUCUGGAGAUGGACGGGUGACGGCAUCAGAUAUGCUGACAAUUCUGGGCGGUACCAGUUUGGAACAUGUUCCAACACAGCUCCAGUUUUUGGGUCGUUUAAUAAUGUAGGCUCAUUGUGAUCUUGGGAUUUUGUGGAGGGCCAUUGAAAUGAUUCCCCGCUCCAAUUUUACCUAGUGCUGAUACCUAUGUGCAGUAACCCGACCAGGUACUGAAUGAUACCAAACCCCUUUGAUUUUUGUGACAAUGCAAAAAAGAAUUGUAUUUCGUUGUGUUUCCAGUUAGGUGGCAAUAACCUUUUAAGGCAUACAUUAAUGCAGGGCUGGUAGAGAUGAUUCACAGCUUCCUGUUCAUGGAUGUAUGUUCAAGUACUGCUGCACUAAUGACAUUUUUGUAGACACUGGUAUCUCCUUACUGUGUAGCUAUUCCAGGGUUAUUUGUAUGUGCUUGUUCCCACAUCAAAGCACUCUGUCUGUCUUCCUCCACUCCAUCUUUACCUUGGGUAACAUUCAGCUGUCCCAAGCACAAGGUUAUCAGACUGGAUUUGCAGUUUGGGCUGUUAUCUUAUCCCCUCUCAACACCCCCCCACCUCAAAAAAAAACAACAACACUUUAGUAAACUCCAUUUUAGUGGAAAGAAUGAGAUUCAUUUUGGUGUACGUGGUCCUGAACUUUGGGUGUUUGUGGAGAGAGAGAGAGGAGAGAGAGAUCCUGGUGCAAAUGUAAAGGCUCGUUCUGUUUCCCCACCUGUGAAAGGUCUCGAAUAGAGCAGAUGUACUAAGGAGGAUUUGUAUGUUUUGUGAUUACUUGUCCAUGCAAUGGCUUUUUAAAAAAAUUUUAGAAGCUGGUUGAGCCAGUACAUCAGUGCUGUCAGAAAGGACAUGCACCUUUAACAGUUCCUUUGUUUGCAUUUACAAAAUACAAUUUGGAUCAUGGCCUAUGUACAUUUUUUUUUGAGUUUCCUGUGGACUUACUUCCACUAUUUUUUAUUUUGAUUUUGUUGACUUUUGUCCACUGACACUUUGGGAAAUGAUUCAUCCCAGCUGGAUUAGACUUGUCAAAAUAUGGAUGGUGCCUAGAGCGAGAGUGGACUGGAGCUACAGUGGAAACCAACUCGAUACGGUGGCAGCAACUUCACUUAACUUAUUGUGUGAUGUGUAAGUGUCAAUUUGGAAUACUUCUAAAACUGACCUUGCAUGCAUGUCAUUUCUUUCAAACUUGUGUUUUCGCAAAAUUUUUUAAUAAUAAAUUACUUUGUGCAUAUUUGUAA